CGCGCAGUGGCCGAACCUCAAGGCACUUGCUGAGGGCUACGGCAAGCAUUUGAUGGCUGAAUCUCGCAAGCUCAGUGACGCCCACCUGAACCUGGUUUCACCGACGGAACUCAUAUUCCACACGACUUCAUCGAUGACCGACUCUCCAAUAGAUAUCCAGAGUACCAAGGAACGAGGUACCGCCCCAUACAAAGCCUUCGAAGUGCGAGCAAACAUCUACCUCAUUGACUUCAACAAACCCAACUACGAAGAACAGGUCAGUCUCGUAGCGAGCCUUAGCACAGGCCAGGUCCUCGGCGGGAUUUCGGGCUUCCACGACAUCAAAGAGGGCUGCAAGAGAACGUGGACGUCAUUCUCCGACGCAUCAAUCGAUGGAUACGCGGAUGUUACACCGUUUGCGCCUACCGCACACCUCAUCAGCAAACACAUUCUAUACCGCUACGUGCCCCGCGACGGUACGAGCACGUCUACCCAAAUCAGGAGACGUUUACUUGGCACUGCGUAAGCGGGACCGAGAAGGGUCUUGCGGACACCGAGCCGUGCAAGAUGCUGAAGCUGGACGAGCAACUGUAUUUGUUUUUCUGGAGCGAGGAGAUCAUGCUGUUGAGUCGAUUGCAGUCGUCGAUCUGGAGAAGGCGCGACUCGGUUGGAAGUAGCGGAGUCCUCUCCUGCCCGCAUCCCGCGCAGUAACGCGAGAGCGAAACGAAGACUCGACAACCGACAGGGGAAAUCAUUG